AUGUUGGAUCCACUGUCAGACAUGAGACGCCUUGGGAACCUCAGGUCGUGCUGUGGAAAAAUGUCCUGGAAGUUGCGUGUUCUGCUUUACAGCAUGUGCGUUUUGAUUCUGGUGAAUUCGGGAGGCCUGAUUCUGCUUUUGGUCUGGCAGAACCAGCUGUCUGCGAGGGUGAGCGAGUUGGACCUGAAAAUGCACGAGGUGUCGGAGAGCGCGGUGGUGGAGCUGGUGUCUGCGCUGAACCAUGACACGAGGCUCCAGGAAGAGCAAUACCAGUAUUCACGCAACAAGAGGAGCCAGGAGCUGAAACAGGAGCCACAGCAGGACCUAAACCAGCUGAACAGAGCUGAACUUCAUGAAGACAUGAUGAUGAUGAUGACUUACUCCAUGGUGCCAGUCAAAGUCCUGAUCGACAUCUGUAACAGCAGUAAAGGCGUCUGUUUGACUGGACCACCGGGAUCCCCUGGUAUCUCAGGAUUGCCUGGAAUAGAUGGAAAACCGGGCUAUAACGGGUCGGAUGGAAUACCUGGACUUCCAGGAGAACCAGGAGCACCUGGGAAGCGAGGGAAAAGAGGUCCUCAAGGUGAGAGAGGAGAGCCUGGAGACAAAGGGGAGAGAGGAGAUCCAGGACCUCCUGGUGAAAAAGGAGAACCCUCUAAUGAUGUCAUUGUUGAGGGCCCCCCAGGUCCAAUAGGGCCACCAGGUGCCCCAGGUCCUACGGGUCCGCCCGGUCUACCUGGUCCCCCGGGCCCUCCUGGGCCACUGAGACACAGAGGCCAGAGAGGUCACCUUCACGCCGGCCAGACGACAGCAGAGUGCAUCAUAAAGUCACUGAUGAACCCCAGGAAUGUGACCAAAAUGAGUAUCACAUAUGGAGCCUGGAUGGCAGACAGCGCUGCACACAGCGAUGAUCGGAUUUGGGUGGCAGAACACUUUUUAGGUCGAGUUGUGAAGGAAUACAAGAACAUUGCAUCAUUCCAGAAUGGAACUGGUGAAUCUAUUGACAUAAAGAAGUUUUACCAAGGCUGUGGGCAUUUGGUACACAACAACUCCAUUUACUACCAUAUUGCUGGGACUUUCAAUAUUGCCAAAUUUGACCUUCACACCAAGGCACUGCAGACACUAGCCAUAGACAAGGCCUUGUAUCACGACCUGUCCUACUUCCUGCCAAAUUCAAAGACUUAUUUCAAACUGGCUUCAGAUGAGAAUGGGCUAUGGCUCAUUUUUGCGUCCAGUGACGAUGAAAGCAUCGCGGUGGCAGAGCUAGACGAGAGCAUGUUCUCCGUUACAAAGUUGAUCAAUACGAGUUAUCCCCGAAGCAAGGCCGGGAACGCUUUCAUCGUCUGUGGAGUUCUCUAUGUGACCGAUGCCAAAGACACUAAAGUAACGUUUGCCUUUGAUCUGUUGAGAGAAAAGCCAGUGAACAUCAGCUUUGACCUUAGGUCUCCUGCUGGUGUUUUGGCUAUGAUCUCGUACAAUCCAAAGAGUAAACAUUUAUACGUUUGGGAUAGUCUAUAUGUGAAAACGUACGAGGUUCACUUCCUGUCUCAUCAGUAA